CCGUGUUCGGCCGGGAACAAGCACAUGGUGAAGAUGGAGAAUUCCGAGCCUGAUAGCCGGCAAGAACCGGGAGCCGCUCAGUAUGGAAACUUCCCUAAUUAUUACAGCUUUCAUCCGCCCGAGACCCGUACGAGUCUGUUGCCCCGGGGGCAGCUGCUGGAGCUGCUGCAGAGACAUGGCGGGGUGGAGGGGGCGCUGCUGGCGCUGGAUGUCGGGUGUAACACAGGGGAACUGAGUGUUGCUCUAUAUGACCAUCUCAUGCAACCAGAAGGUUGUCCAGAAGCUCUGACAAGCAUCCACUUCAUGUGCUGUGACAUUGACCCUGAUCUGAUCAGUAGAGCUCAGACGGCCAACCCUCGCCCUGAUGCCAUCAUGUUUUCUGCUCUGGACAUCAUUGACGCCUCAUCCCUGGGGGCCUUGUACGGUUUCUUGGACAGAUUUGGCCGCUCCUCCUUUCAUAUUGGAUUCUGUAUGUCCAUAACCAUGUGGAUCCACUUAAAUCACGGUGACCACGGACUAGUAGAAUUUCUGAAUCGGCUGAAGACCUUGUGUGACUUUUUACUGAUCGAGCCUCAGCCGUGGAAGUGUUAUCGCUCAGCGGCCCGCCGUCUGCGCAAGUUGGGCAGACAUGACUUUGAUCACUUCCAUACUUUGUCCAUCCGUGGGGACAUGGCAAAGGAAAUUACUAAGAUUAUGACCAAAGAUGGCAGCUCCCAGCUCAUUCAUCGGUUUGGGAAAACAAGCUGGGAUAGAAGUCUUUUGCUUUUUAAAAGCAGAUGAUCCACAAACCGGUCUGUCUAGUAUCUUAUGUUGUGGGCGAUGAUGUAUCAGUAACAUGGUAGUCCUAUUCAGACUAGGCCAUCUUUUAGAUUCCCUGACCUUUUAAAGGGGCACACGGUUUCCGAACUAGUGUGUUUUUCUUGGCUAGUUGGCACAAAGGGAUGGGAUCCUGUGGCUAGCGGACUGCCAGAUGUCCAUGACGUGGUAUACUUCUGGAUAAUCUGAGAAUGUGGAUACCCUGGUUCGUGUACAUUGCUCCCACUCUUCCUAAGCGGAAGCACUCACAUUGCACCACUUAGGUUAUUUCUCUAGUUUCAAGGGAAUUAGUGGCAAGA